AUGAGGGAGGGGCUCCCCGCGCCCGCCGCGGCGCAGGAUGACGCCGAGACGAGCGCCGCGGGCUCCUCUGGUUCUGGAGGAGGAGGAGGAGGCGAGGCGGACGAGGAGGAGGACGGCCCGGGGGGCUUCAUCGGCUUCUCGUUCCAGGAGCUCGAGGCGCCGCCGGGCGUCGACGGGGCCGAGGUUCUUGACGCCUUCGCCGGCUCCGAGGAGGCGAGGAAGGCCAAGGCCGCGGCCGAGUUCUUGGAGGCCACCAUGGGCGCCAACACCGGGCCCAGGACCGAGGCGAUCAAGAUGGAGCUCGUCGCCAACGGCCGGGUGCUCGACCUCGAGGGGCUGGAGCGGUGGAUGCGCAGGACGGAGGCGGUCUCCGAGCUGGAGUGGUUCACGGGCCUGUGCUGCGACGAGGCGAACCCGGUGCCGCAGAUCGAGCUCUUCGAGUGCGUGUUCCGGGCCCUGGGGAACGCGUCGUCCGGCGAGCUGCACCACGGCGCCGACGCCAGGAGGCGCUGGAUUGGCUCGGUGGUCGUGCCCCAGUUCGUCGUCUGCCCCAUCUCCAACAAGGUCAUGGAGAAUCCGGUCGUCAUCGCCUCCGGAAAGACAGUUGAUCGUUCAGCACUGGAGGAAUGGUGGAAGGAGCACAGACGCAUCUGCCCCAUCACCGGCGAGGUUCUGACGCACGCCAUGUUCAUCCCCAACAUCCUCAUCAAACUCUGCAUCGAGCGCUGGCGUGCAGCAAACAAAAUUCCAGGCGUGACGGCAGCCGCAGAUCCACCUGCGAUUUCCCCCGAGGUGGAAGCCCUGUUCAUGCAAGUCACCCUGAUGCCUCACUCCCCUAGAAGCUCCAAAGAAGUUCGCGACGCGCUGUUUCUCCUCCACGAUCUGCUCAACGAGGAGAGCUCAGCCGUGCACCUGAUCGGCAGCCACCCCGGGACGAUCGCGAAGCUCGCUUCCGUCCUGCAGGAGACGUGCCUGGACCCCGACCCUGAACUGGACGACAUCAUCGUCGGGGUCAUGGCGAAGGCGGCGUCCUACGGCCCCAACAAGGCGGUGUUCGGAGACGACUGGUACGCCAUCCCGGUGCUGAUCGCGAGGGCACUCCUGGGGCCAGUGCCGAUGCGAGCCAGGUGCGCCCACAUCCUCGGGCUCCUGGCCGACGACUACUACAACAAGAUCAAGAUCGGCGAGCUCGGAGGCUUCGCGCCGCUGAUCGAGCUGCUCCGCGUCGGAGACAAAGGCGUGAAGACGACGGCGGCGAGGGCGAUCGCCAGCCUGUGCGAAGCCAGGGAGAACCGGAGCAGGUUCCAGCGGGAGGGGGUGGUGGACGCCGCCAUCUCGGCGCUGCGGAGCGACGGCCUCAUGGUUGAGGCCGAGGCCAUCCUGCUGCAGACUACAGACUCGUACCAUGACGUGGAGGAGGUCAUCUUCAAGCUCCGAGCAUUCCAGGGCGACGAGAUGUGCCAGAAGAUGGCCACGCGCCUUUGGAGAACCUUCGUUCUGACUAACCCAGAAGACAAGCGCGACGUCGUCCCUUCUAUGCCGGCCUCGAAGGAGAUUUGGGAGGAGGCUUGGACGUCAGAAGCUGAGAGGUCGUCGGCCUCCUCGGAGGGGUCUGCCGCCAAUGAGAAGGCCCUGAGAAAGCAGAUCAAGCAAGACGUCAAACUCAUCGUCUCGUGGCUACAGAAGAGGUGCUACUUCCCCCGGACGUACAGGUACAGGGAUUGACCAUUGCCUGGCAUGGCAGGCGAACUUGACUGGAUGUAGCUGUUUCUUGACUUGGCAGGAUACAUUUCCUCCUGUGUCCAUGGCAGUAGCUCAGCUGAAGCUAGAUAGUGACCCUGAAAUUCCUCUGAAUGUCAAGCUAAUGGUUAGUAGGAUUUGGACGUGCUUGCUGUAGAACUGUAGAAGCCUCGGGGUUCAGGAUGUUCAGUUUUGUGACUCUAGUCAAAGGUAAUUUUGGCAAUUUUGGA